AUGGAGAGAGCUGAAGAGGAAGCAACAGAGGAGACUGAGAUUUGUGAUAUAGUCGGGCAAUCAAAAUUUGUUCUGAAGAACCUUCAGCAUUACACCGUCCAUCCAAAUUUGGCCCAGUACUAUGAGCCUUUGAAGCCCACAGCCCUGCAGAAAUUCCUGGCUCGAAACAGGAAAAUCAGAAGCUUCAUGUUAAAAGUAGCAGAGUAUGAUCAGGAUAAGACCUUACUGAUUAUGACCAACAACCCACUUCCCUGCCCAACUGACCAGCAAGGAAAGGACAUGGCCCCAAAAUACUUAACCAAGGAGUUGCUGCUCAAGGAAAGUUAUCGACACAAACCCCCUGAGAACUUCUGCCUACCCCUGAUGUCUCAGAAAAAAAAGUUAAGGUCUGGGCUGAAACCAGCCUUUCCUAUGACCCUGUUGGAGGAUCCUACAUCCAAGCGAGAACAGUGGUUUAGGUUUUCCACCAACAAUGAUUUCAAGAGUGAAGGGAAGUAUUUAAAGGUCUAUGCUUUGAGGAAACAGAAAAAAAUGUACCCCCAGCUCAACUUUGCUUCAGUCUGUAAAAGAGAUAUGAGGAAAGAUGUCGCCAAGUCAGGGAGUGACCUGCCGACUUCCAAGCUGAUUUGGGAACCACUAACACUUUCGUCGCUCCUGGAAGAGAAACUCACCAGAACUGUGCCAGGGGAGAGCACCUUCCGCAAUGGAAGGGCCCAGCAGUGGGUUAUUAAAAACGCCACUGUCGUCAAGUGA